GCGGGGGGGGUAAUGAAGUCCAUCUUGGAUGGACCGCUCUGAAAGAGAUGCAACUGUUCCCCAAGAUGGAAGAUUAAAGAUAAACGUUGCUUCACAAACACAGACUCAAAGAUUUUCAAAAGAACCAAAGAAAACACGUGGACCUGAUUCUUCCCGCCUUCUUCAGUGCGCCGUGUUUCCCCCAUGGCCCAUUCCCAGGAACAUCCUCUGGAUUCCGACUCGGUCCGGCCCAGAGUCAACCUGACUGAGAGCCACCUGGUGGUGGCCUCCACCAUCAGCCUCCCCUCCUCUCCUUCCUCCCUUCCUCCGUCCCUGCACACUGAUUUGGAGAGCAUGCUGCUGUGGACCCUGCAGGAGCCCAGCACCAUCGCUUUGACCACCAUGUACACUCUGUCCUUCAUGUUGGGAUUCUUUGGGAAUUUGACGUCCCUGCGAGUCCUCACCAACAGACGUAACCGGCGACUGGCGAGUGUCAGCGCCACGCGCAGCCUCCUGGUCAACCUGGCUCUGUGCGACCUGGCCGUGGUGUGCGUCUGCAUGCCCAUCACUCUGGGAAGCCAGAUCUACACGGCCUGGGUCUACGGUGACCUCCUCUGCCGGGCGGUGCCCUUCACCCAGGCGGUCUCCGUCUCUGCCAGUGUGUUGACGUUGACGGUGAUCAGCGUCAAUCGUUACUACAGCGUCAAAUCCCCUCUGCGAGCUCGGUCCAUGUUCACCCGACGCAGACUCUUGGCCACCCUGCUGGUGGUCUGGGUGGUCUCCUUCGUCAUGUGUGCCCCGAUUGCGGUGAUGAACCGACGGAGGGAGAUCAGCUUUGGGACUUUUGCCAUCUUGGUCUGUCAGGAGGAGUGGCCUCAGCAUCGGCUGAAACAAGGAUACAACGUGCUGCUGUUCGUUAUGCUCUACUGCCUGCCAGUGACCUUUAACCUCACCAUCGGCUUCCUGACCGGGAGACGACUGUGGGGAGGGAAAAGAUCUACUUUCAGCGAACUGGACCCACGCAGCCGAGCGCUGCACAACUCCCGCCUAAAGAUUCGGCAGAAAAUCGCAAAGAUGGUGGUGAGUCUGGUGCUGCUCUUCGCCACCUCCUGGCUGCCGCUCUAUCUGGCCGACCUGUGGAUCGACUGCGUCCAGAGGCCGCCGUCCUGGCUGCUGCAGACACGUCCGUUCGCUCAGUGGUUGGGUCUGACCAACUCCAGCCUGAACCCCAUCUGUUACUGUCUGAUCGGAGAUCUGUACCGAUCGGCUAAGGUGAUCCGCACCAGGUAUUACCAGAAAGUGGCUUCUCUCUUUGGCCCCGCCCCCUUCUCUGAGGCCACCGCCGUCAUGUCUCCAGUUACUGAGGGAACCCAGACCAAAGAGUCUGCCGCUGAGCACCACAACAUCUCUGCCGCCGCUGCCGCCGCGUCUUUGGUCACCAUCCCCAGGCUGCUGAGCUUAGCUCGAGGACAGAUGGUCAGGGGCAGCACGGGACGCCAGGCGGGAUCUGACCGCAGCCUCUCAGACUGGUGCCGCUCCAGUCCCAGUCUGUGGGACGGCUCGCUGUUCUCCUGCCAGCUUCACACGCUCCAGAGUUCCAUACAAAGGGGCAACUUCCUGCAGACCAGAAGACACUCGAUGGAGGAGGGGGGCGGGUCGUUAACUCUGAGAAUGGAGUCUGAGGUCGUGGACGGGUUUCCUGUCAGGAGGCGUUCAAGUCUGUCCGCUGAGGAGAGAGACGCCAGGGAUGUUCUCUGCUCUGGACAAACCUGUAAUCUGGUGGGAGAUCAGGAGGAGGAGGAGGAGGAGGAGGAGGAGGAGGAGGAGGUGACUGAUAUGACCAGCCUGUGAACACUGCACAGGAUCCAGUGGAUCAACAGGAAGUUCUGGCUCUUGUGACAUCCAGUGUUCGCCCUGACCACUCCAGGUUCUGUUGGCCUGCAGGUGGAGCUGUGGUGCAGUGAACUCUGAGCUAAACCACCAGUUAUCAUCAACUGGGGUGGGUUACAGCAGCGAUGCACUGGAAUCAUAUCUGACGCAGCACAACUGCUGGUCACUGCUGGUCACUGCUGGUCACUGUGCAGUGAACUGUGCAGUGCUGCUCCUCUCUGUAGCCCCUCCCCCAUCAUCCAUCAUCCAUCAUCCAUCAUCCAUCAUCCACCCAUCAUC